AUGCCCGGUACGCUGCUGCUGCUGCUGCUGGCGCGUACCACCACCGGAGCCGACCCUCUGCGUAGAGCCGCCCCGACCCGCUCCACCUCCGCCGCCGCUACCUCCACCACCGCCUCCUCCUCCGCCGCCACUGCCUCCACUAGUGCCCCCACUCCCACCACCACUCCCACCACCACUCCCACCGCCACCCCCACUCCCUCCGCCUCCUCCACUGCCGCCUCCACCGCCGCCGCCUGCUCCCCCUUCGCCCUUGCCCCCCUUGCCCUUGCCUGGGCGGCGUCUCCCGCUAGAGGUAGACGCCGCAGCGACCGACUCAAGACCAACAAGGCGGUGAAGCACCACAUCCGUGUCCUCACCAAACGAAGCCGUCGCAUGGAGAUCGACGUCGAGAUGGAUCCUGUGUGGUCGGAGUUCCGCGAUGCUCUUGGCCCCGAAGUCAUGGCAAGAGCGGUGGAGGUGAUGAGAGCAGUGGGCAUCGAUGGGGAUACGGUUCAAGUUCAUAGUGCGCUGGCCAUCCCCCCACACAACCGCAUGGAGCGAGGCAACAAGGGUCAGGUUAUCAAGGCAUCGCCGGGGGAGCAGAAGUUCAGCCAUGUGCAGAUAGAAGGGCAGGGAGGGGUGUGGUAUGGUCGCUGCCUCAUGCUUUUUCACUUCACCGAUGCUAGUCAACAUGUUGUCCGACGUGCAAUCGUCAAGUACUACACCGAGCUGGACACACCAUGCCUUGUCACAGGAUGCCGGAGGCUGAGGCUGACCAUGGGGCGAGAUGAUUACGUAGUGUUGGAAGUAGACAGCAUUCUUGGUCUGGCACACAUAGUUCCCAGCUUCACGGAGCCAGACAUCUCGCUUGUCAACCGGUUCCUGUUUUAG